UUGAGUGUCAUCUUAUUAAAAAGCAGAGUUUUUUUUAAACAUAUGCAUAUUACAUUCUUUUAGCUAUUGCUUCUAAAUUCUGCAUGGUGAUCAACAGCUUAUUUGUUUAUUGAUCAUCCUGAUCUGCCUAACCUUGCUGUUUUGGUUUGGCGUACUUCACAAGGAUUGACAGACAAUCAGAACUGACCAAACUAUUUAACAUGCGUAAAUCCUAUCAUAAUGCCGAGAAUUAUCUCUAUAAUUGAUUAUACAAUGUUCAAUUGUUCCAGUCUCUAACAUACAAUAUUGCUAAGAAAAUGUCAUCUUUAACUAACCUAUUUCAUUUAAUAAUACGUUGUAGAAUAUGUACACAAAAAUGUUUCUUCAUCAGCUGGUUCAGAAAAUAUAUUUAACUAUUUUUUAUUUUCAUUCAAUUCUUAUUGUACUACUUGUAACGUCUAAAAAGUAUUUGAACUGUAUGACUAGCAAGAAAGUCAGUGUGUAAAAAGCAUGUAAUAAAAUUUCAAGUCAGUUGAAAUAAUUGUAAAAUGUCCAUUGUUCCAUUUAUCAAAUCAAUGUUGUAAACAAGAAAAGAGGGUUUAAAAGAUUUUCUAAAAGCUGCAUCGAUGAUGAAGUCUGAGUCAUCAAUUGAAUCAGACAUAUCUGAAGAAUCGGAUUACUCUGUAUUUGAAGAUGAAUCAGAGAAAAAUUUAUUUGUCUCGAGAAUAUACGGAAUUGUAAUAUCAGAGACACUAUUCGCAGCAGCUAUGGCUACAGGACUCAAUAUGAAUUCUUACAUAAGAGAAAUGUUCAGUUUAUCUUCAGUUGAAAGAAUUGCUGCCAGAGUAUGCUUUUUGGUCCUGUACGUCCUACUGCUUUGUUAUCAUAGAAUAAGAAAUUAUUAUCCAAUAAACAAGAUACUAUUGGCUGUUUUGCCAAUUACCGUGGGCUUUCUUGGUGGAGGAUUGUGGGCUAAUGAGCGGCGUUACAUCAUACUCUAUUCGCUUGCAGCUGAUAUUAUUUUAAUACUGUUAAUUACAUUACUAGUAAAAUUUGAGAAGAUAUUUUUUUUACGGUUCGGUGGAAUUGUUACUAUCGGCUACUACUUGUUGUCAUUGUAUGCGAUAUUUAUCGGAUACUGGCAAAUGUUUUACCAGUUUUAUUAUUUAAUCGUUUCAUUUGCUAUGUUGUCUUUUAUAUUGAGCUUAAUGUUGUAUGGUUAUCUCAGCAGUUGUAUCAUUGGGAAAAAUACCGAGAAUCUGAAUUGGAUCUUGCGCAUGAAUGACACUGCAGAUGGAGCAUGCAUUGUAAUAUCUCAAUUCAUGUUUGUAUCAAUUUGCUUGAGUUUAUUGAAUUGUAAUACUGUGAUGAGUUUCUUACUGGAAACAUAACUGUCCUUGGUAACAGAUUUUGUGUCGGGAAAAAUGGACAGAUUGCAACAAACUGCUCGUUAAUUUCAAAUCAUCUUGGUCAAUUUGAACAAAACUAUGGACAAAUUUCUAAUCUCUACACAUAUGGGCAAAUUGUUGAAUCACUACCUUGUGCAUCUCUGUAAUAUGCAUGUGUCACACUUCUGAACCGUUCCUGUCCCGCUGUAUCCCAAAUUUGAAGCUUGACUUUUGCAUCGUCC